AUGCUGGAGAAGCGAGUCAAGAGCCGGUUCAGCCACCGAUACGUCUACCUCUCCCAGCCGAGGGCGCUGCCGGCGUACUGGCAGAUCUGCCGCCAAGGCUUGAUGAUUGACCGGCCGGACGUUGCCGGGGAGGGCAUCGACGUGAACCUCGAGGGGUACGACGACUUUCACCGCUUCUGGACGCGAAGCAUCGAGGAGCUCUACAAGCAGCGGCCGUUCCAGAACCUGCUGCAGUACCACUUUUACUCGACCAAGUCGGUGUCGGCAUUCUUGACCGAGUGGAUACUGCCGCUGUCGUCGCUCUCCGACAAGGAUCCGACGCCGAAAUGGCCGUCGGCGGCGUCGGGGCCGACGUCGCUGGCACCGCCCGACUCUCGUCUCCAGCUCCUGUCGACGCUGUCCGAUCUGGAUCUCGGCCUGCUCAUCGCCGCGGCGCGGCUCGACAUUGUGGCCCACACGGACACGGUCAACUUUGCCAUGGCGUACGACGAGUACAGCUCCCUCGUGGGGAGGCAGAGGGUCCAGUCGUCGACGUCGGGCAUGCUGGCCCUGGGCGGCAGCGCGAGGGUGUGGAGCCGCGGCGUCGCGGCCGUCGCGUGGGAGCGGCUCAUCUCGCUGGGGAUACUCGUGCCUGCCGGCAUCGGCGGCGGUCGCGGCCUAGGGCACGGCGGUCUCGACGGCAAGAUGUGGAAGGUCGACGUCGUGCUGGAGGAGAUUCCGGCGGCGGUGAAGCUGAGCAACGUGCUGGCCCGGUGGUGCCGCGAGAUGUAG